AUGUUCUGGCGUUUGACUGAGGAAGAGCGCUCUUUACUAGCCCAUCUGUCAUCUGUCUACCAAGAUAUAGUUUUGUCCAUUCUGCAAAUGAACCCACCAAAGGAGCCAGUGCCUCUCCAUUUGAUGACAAAAGAGUUGUGCAUAGAAGAACAUGAAGGACUGAUACGAAGUGUUAUCAGUUUUGUGAAAUAUUUGCAGGACUUUCGGCAGCUAAGCAUUGAUGAUCAGAUAGCUUUAGUAAAAGCUUCUAAUGACCCGGUGUUGUCUUUAAGGGCUUGUGCCCUGUAUAUUUCAGAAAAGGAGGCAUGGCUGUGCAAUUAUGGGUAUUUAACCCAAGAGCAUCAGCGUCAUAUAUACCCAGACAAUCCAUUUAUUGAUCAGUUUUUGCAGUUCUGCACAACUGUCAAAAAGAUUGUGAAAAAUGACACAACGCUUUAUGCUUUGCUUCACUGUGUUAUUUUAUUUGACCCUAAUGAUGAGCGCAUUACUGAUCGCCAGUCUGUGAACAUGAUCCGUGGAAAGUUCCUUACGCUUUUGCGGCAUUACUUAGAAUCAGUGUACUCCUAUUGCCAUAGUGAUAGAUAUAUGUUGGUGCUACAAGAACUUCUCCUUUAUUUAAGGGACCUGUGUCAUGAAUCUCGGUAUCUGAUGAAGAAAAUUUUUCCCAAGAUCUCAAAUGAACUGCUGGUGGAGCUGUAUGAUCUAGAUCAAUAA